UUGAAGUAACCUCAUUCUGUAUUGAUCUGCGGCAGUUACAUACAUCGCUAUACCUAUACGAAUAAACGAACGAACCUGGCCAUUUCUUCAGUGGAGUUCACAUCAACAAUCAACAUCACUCUCCUUCGAAUCAUUCACAGCGAGCAAUCGCAUGUCAUGGGAGUUCCAAGAAGCGACGAUCACACUCUCUGAUUGCUCUGUUGUUUCUCAUCCUUCAAGUUACAUCGCUAUACGAAGCUCGCCAUUUCGCCUUCCUUAUUCGCACUGAACAUGACUCUCCUUUGUUCGAAUAUUCGAGAGGCAUCAUAGCGAGCAAAUACCUCAGAUAUUAUAUCGCUUGCUGGAGGAUGUUAUGGGAAUUCGAAGCGACACUCUCUGAUUGCUAUGUUUCUCAUCGCUAACGUGACACUCUCAUCAUUCAAUUUCACAUCUCACCAAGCUUCCUGUUUGCAGAGUAAAAAGUAGAGUGCUGGCUCAUCAGUGUAUGGGGAUUUGAGUUGAGUUGGGGGUCGGGGUUUAGAGAAAGAGAAGAAUUUGGAGUCAUCAAGAGGAAUAACCCCAUCAAUCAACAGGGGUCAUUGUGGAGAAAAAUUUGGGAAGCCAUUGAUGGAAAAUGGGGACUGCACUUUCCUGGCUCGACCCAGGUAUAAGCAGCGUAAAGUUUCUGCCAUUCGGGAUUUCCCAGAAGAAUGUGGACCAUUUGUUUCAAAAAACGCUCCAGUUUCAAAGGUGGAUAUUGCUGAUUCUGAUUAUGCUAAUAAUACAGUUCUUGAGGAUAAGAAUGAUGAGCAUGUAGAGGGUGGCACUGAUAGAGUAUCCAAGUGUGAUAAAGACACUCAACAUUCUGAGUUAAAAAAUGAUACGUUUCUCACUGAGAAUCUUGACCAAGCAAUUGACUGUGGUUUGAUGAAGGAAAAUUCUGUGGUCUCAUCUCUUCAAGUGGAUGAGCCUAAUUUAUCAAAUUAUGAACCUGCAAACGCGACAGUGGUGGGCAUGGAUACUUUUGAUACAGAGUUAGAAAGAACAGAAAAAUCUGUAAAACAUGAUUCCGCAGCUGGUGAGGCGCCUAUGAUUAAUGGUGAGGUGCCUAUGAUUGAUUGUUCAAAAUCAUUGUCAUCUGAUAUCAAUGUUGCUUAUUCCGGUGCUUGUAUGGGGGAGGCUGGAACUAAAAGGUAUCUUCCUCGAAAAAAAGUUUCAGCUGUCAGAGAGUUUCCUCCUUUCUGUGGACCUCAUGCUCCCCGUCUUAGUAUGGAUUAUUGUCUGAAGGGGAUCUCUUCUUUGAAUAACAAUAGAGCGGAUCAACAGGUUUUGGCUGUAGAUGACAGUUUAUUGAAAAAAGCGGCAACCACUGAUGUUAAAGAAAACAACACCGCAGAUGAAUACCAUAAGAGAAAGCUUGUGGACAUUGUUCAAGUUGAUUAUGAAGGGAAUGCUAAUUUGCCAUCAGAAAACAAAAGAGGAAAGUACAUUGCGCUUCCUGAGGAAAGUAAUCGCCAGAUUUCAAUGAAGACCAAGGCAGCUGAUAAGGAGGAAAGUAGGGAUGCUGUGAUGGUUGAGGGAACGUCAAGGCUUGAAAUUAUAGUUCACCCUGAAGUCCAAAGUCUUGAGACAAUGCCUUUGGAUAAGUCUACUUCUCAGUGUAAGUUGAAUGGAAAUAGAUUGGCAGUAUCAUCAGACAGGAAAGUAGUGCUAGGCUUGAUAGCUACAUCACAAUGUCCAUGGAGUUUUGAUAGAUCUUCCACCAAAUCUAAUUUGUUUGGUGGUACAAAUGAAGACAAGGGAGCGAAAGCUGAUUCUUUUGCGCGGCCAGACAAGUCUAAAACUGUUGUCAAGGCGUUGAAAAAGAAAAAGGGAAGUUCCCCUACUAAUGAUAGGUGUCAAUUGGUAAUUUCAGAAAAGAAGGACUCUUUUGAUCCUAAUGAAAUUGACGAAGACUGGCAAAUUGUCCCAAAAUCACAUAGUUUGAAUGUAAAUGUUUUUCCUUUUGGUCAUAACAGUUUGGUUGGUCAUGAGAAUGACUCAAAUGUGACACGACAAAAAGUGAGGGAAACAUUGCGCUUGUUUCAAGCUGUUUCUAGAAAGCUUUUGCAUGAAGUAGAAGCAAAGUCAAACGAGCGAGCUAAUACUCCUAAGAGGGUUGAUUUACAAGCUGCAAAGAUCCUUAAGGAUAAAGGGAAAUAUGUCAACACUGGCGACAAGAUAUUGGGAUCUGUCCCCGGGGUUGAAGUUGGUGAUGAAUUUAAAUUCAGGGUGGAGCUUAAUAUAGUUGGCCUUCAUCGCCAGAUUCAAGGCGGUAUAGAUUAUGUGAAGCACAAUGGUAAGAUACUUGCAACGGCUAUUGUUGCAUCCGGGGGCUAUGCUGAUGAUCUGGAUAAUUCAGAUGUUUUGACAUAUACAGGGCAGGGUGGAAAUGUGAUGAGCACUGAUAAAGAACCUGAGGAUCAGAAGCUUGAGCGGGGCAACCUUGCUCUGAAGAACAGUAUUGAGGAAAAGAAUCCUGUCAGGGUGAUUCGUGGCUAUGAAUCAUCGGAAGGAAGGACAUAUGUUUAUGAUGGGCUGUAUCGAGUUGACUCAUCUUGGCAGGAAAUGGGGCCACAUGGGAAGCUGGUUUACAGGUUUCGCCUGCUAAGAAUCUCUGGUCAACCAGAGCUUGCUUUGAAGGAGGUGAAAAAAUCUAAAAAAUUCAAAACAAGAGAAGGUCUAUGUGUUGAUGAUAUUUCUUAUGGUAAAGAGCGAAUUCCCGUAUGUGCUGUGAACACCAUAGAUGAUGAAAAACCCCCACCAUUUACAUAUAUAACUAGCAUGAUGUAUCCCGAUGGUUGCAAUCUCGCUCCUCCUGAAGGAUGUUACUGUACUAAUGGGUGUUCUGACUCGGAGAAAUGUCCAUGUGUAGUAAAAAAUGGGGGAGAGAUCCCAUUCAAUCAUGAUGAGGCUAUUGUAGAAGCGAAGCCUCUGGUCUAUGAGUGUGGACCUUGCUGCAAGUGCCCUUCGACUUGUCAUAACCGAGUCAGCCAACUUGGCAUAAAGUUCCAACUUGAAAUUUUUAAAACCCCCACAAGGGGAUGGGGUGUAAGAUCCCUAAAUUCCAUUCCUUCAGGAAGCUUUAUUUGCGAAUAUAUAGGAGAGGUUCUUGAAGAUAAGGAAGCUGAACAAAGAACUGGUAAUGAUGAGUAUCUUUUUGAUAUUGGGAAUAACUACAACAACAAUACACUCUGGGAUGGACUUUCUACCCUUAUGCCAGAUUCACAGAUAAGUUCUGCUGAACUUGUGAAAGAUGGUGGCUUCACCAUUGAUGCAUUAGAGUUUGCUAAUGUGGGGAGAUUCAUCAACCACAGUUGCUCCCCGAAUCUGUAUGCCCAGAAUGUUCUUUAUGAUCAUCAUGACAAGAGGAUUCCUCACAUAAUGUUCUUUGCUGCUGAGAACAUUCCUCCCUUGCAAGAGCUGGCGUAUGAUUAUAAUUAUAAGAUAGACCAGGUCUAUGAUUCCGAUGGCAAUAUAAAAAAGAAGGAUUGCUUUUGUGGUUCUUCAGAAUGCAGUGGCAGGAUGUACUGAGACCUGCUUUUGGAACAGUGAUAUUUUGCUGCCUCAAUUCUAAGGAAAUUUUCAUUAAAAAUUUUAUUUUAUCAGGUUAGACGGAUAGCUGCUUACUUGUAAAUGGAUAACUGUUGCAUCAUUCAAUCUCUUGGUUUGUCCCCUCCUCCAAGUGACUUUGUUAAAGGCAAUGUUGAUGGAAGUUGUGAUCCAGUGAAUAACAGGACAGGCUAGGUGGGUGGAGUUUUUAAAGAUGAUAAAGGAGGAUCAAAAGCUUUUGGAGUAAUGAUGACCCUGGUUGUCCUCUGUUUGCUGAAAUUCUGGCUGUUAAGCAUGGUCUUAGGGUGAUUACCAACUGGAGUUGGGAGGUUCAGUUUCAUCAUGUUCAGAGUAUUUAUAUUUAUAAUUCUACAGCUGUUUGGUUAGCAAAGUUAGGCUCUAAAUCUAUUAGUGGUUUAGUUUUAGACUUUUAGUUGAGGAACCUCCCAUUGAGGUGGAAACACUUAUGGUGAAGGACUUGUAGAUUAUAAUUUGUCUGUUUAUUUCAUUUUUACCGGAAAAUUUUGAAAUUAAGGAUUACAAGCAUUUCGUUUUGCUCA